GAGCCAGCCGGUCCCGGGCAUCGCAGUGGGGGCCAGCCCCGGGAUUGCUUCUUUCCUCCUGGCAGCUCUGAUUCCCCCGCCGGGGUCCCCUCUCCUUUCGUCCUCCGUCCCCCCACUUCACUUUUGCUUCCCACCAGCCCGUGGCAGGAAUCAAGGUCAAGAGAGAAGCGGGAUCCCUCCCCGCCUUGGCGGAAAGACGGCCGGCGUCCCUCGCCUGCCGCCGAGCAGAGGAAUUCGAGGCGACCCCGGCAGAAGGGCGAGGCGCCGGGGAAGCGGAGGCUCCCGCAGCGAGCCCCGUCCCGGCCGGAGCGCACGCCCUCUCCGCCUCGCCCCGCCACCGACCGGCGCCCCACCAUGAAGACGGCGAUUUGGCUGACCUGGACCGCUGCCCUGAGUUACUUUGCGCACACAGGGCUGGCAGCAUAUUUCUUUCAACAGCCCAUGGAUCAAGUGAUCGUGUCUGGUCAGUCGGUGACCCUGGCAUGUGUGAUCAUGGGCUACCGUGGCAUGGUUCAGUGGACCAAGGAUGGACUGGCCUUAGGGGGAGAGAGAGACUUACCUGGCUGGUCCCGCUACUCUAUUGUAGGAGAUGCCUCUGCCGGUCAACACAACUUGCGCAUUGACAAUGCUGAACUAGACGACGAUGCUGUUUACGAGUGCCAAGCCACGCAAGCUGCACUGCGCUCCCAACGAGCCAAACUUACUGUACUCAUCCCCCCCAAUGACCCUGAGAUCCACAAUGGUCCCAUCGUCCAUGUCAUAUCCAACAUUCCCUACAACCUUUCCUGUCACGCAGCUGGAGCCAAGCCAGCUGCUGAAAUCACCUGGUACCGUGAUGGGCAGCGGCAAGAGUCAGCCAUUUACUCCAAGUCCCUGAUGGAUGAUGGCAAGCGGGAAGUGGCGGUCAGCACCCUCCUCUUAAUCCCAAGCAGUCGAGACAUGGGCAGCUCCUUCACCUGUCGUGUCAGCAACCCUGCAGCCCCUGCUGGCAAGCAGACCUCAGUCACUCUUAAUGUGCAAUAUCCACCAGUUGUAAUCCUGUCAGUACAGCCCCAGACUGUGCCUGAGGGUGGGAAAGUGAGUUUUCUCUGCACCGCAACCUCCAAUCCUGAAGUGACAGGUUACCGGUGGGCAAAAGGAGGCGUCCCCAUUCCAGACGCCAAUGGUGACAGCUACGAGGCCACCGUCGACCAGUCUUUCUUCACAGAGCCCGUGUCGUGUGAAGUGUCCAACGCCGUGGGCAGCACCAAUGUUAGCACUCUGGUGGACGUCCAUUUUGGACCUCACCUUGUCUCCCAGCCCAAGCCCCUGACAGUGGACAUCGGCUCAGAUGCCUCUUUUACCUGCACCUGGACGGGGAACCCGCCUCUUACCUUGGCCUGGACCAAGAAAGGAUCCAGUGUGGUGCUGAGUAACGGCAACACACUACAUCUGAAGGCAGUGACGCAGGAGGAUGCCGGCGUUUAUGUGUGCAAAGCCAUUGUGCCCCGCAUCGGAGUGGCCGAGAAAGAGGUGGCUCUGGCUGUGAAUGGUCCACCCAUUAUCAGCGCUGAACCAAGCCAGCAGACAGCAGUGGGGGCCAAGGCCCGGCUGGAGUGCUUUGUGGAAAGCAUCCCACGCCCCGACAGGAUCGCGUGGGCAUGGGGCGAACGGAUGCUGGAUGCUGGCUCCCUGGAUCGUUUCACAGUGGACACCGUAGUGACUGAACAAGGGGUGCUCUCAGCUCUGCUGAUCGACCCAACCCACGAUGAUGACUUUGCACUUCCCUACAACUGCACGGCUUGGAACCGCUUUGGCGCACGCUCCGUUGCGGUCAGCUUACGUCGCCAAGAGGUCCUGUCUGUCCUGAUGCUGGGUGCUCUGGCUGCGUCAGGAGUUGUUGCUCUCUUGCUCUUAGUCGUCUUUGUCUCUCUCUGCUAUCGACGCAAGCGCUGCGGUAAAGCCAAGCGGGGAACGCAGCUGUCUAAGGCAGAUAUCCUCGUGCAGAUCACCACAAGUGAGAGCAGCCCCAGCAGGCCCAGUGAGGUUGAAGAUGACGGCAAGGAGCCUAUGGCUACAAGCAGCGAGUCUCCAGCCACGUCCCACACUGAGCACAGUGAAAUCCUGGAGGAUGACGAAGGGAGUCAGGAAUUGAAGGACCCCACCAAUGGCUACUACAAGGUGCGUGCCCACGAGGAACCAUGCUUGGGGAGCAGCUUUUCGGAAUAUACGCCGGCCCCCCGGCCCCUGUUUGGGCCAACGUCCUUGUACCCGUCCACGGGGCCGGUGCAACCCAAACUCUUUGAGUACACCCACCGCUACACCUUGGGCACCCCCAGUUCCCGCUCCGCAUACGACACCACCCACGAACGGCUUUUCCCUCCAGAGAACAUAUACAGUGGGGCAGCUUAUCUCACUGCCCCCUAUAGCCGGGCUUUCACCAGCUACGUCAAGCCGAGCAGCUUCGAGAAGGCCGAGAGCGGCUACGAGCAGUCCGACCAAGCCAGCAAGGCUUCGGGCUGCUCCCGUUUCUCAUACACGUCCCUGUCUCAGCAGUCUGACUAUGGACGCCCCGCUCAGCAGCGCAUGCAGACCCAUGUAUGACGGGGCCGCUCGCCUUCCGAACUCCUUCCAUCUUCGGUGGGAAAGAAACGGGAGCGGACACUCGCUUUGGGGAACUGGUUCCGAAUGGUAAGGGGACAGUCUUGACGUCGAUCUCUUCCUGAGGACCCCGACAGUCUCAACUUCUGGAGAGCUCAACAGGGGGGCUGGCCAAGGGUUCCACUCCUGCAGCCAAGAUGGCCGGCCUCCUGCUUGCCUUCUUCGGACUGGAACCGCUUCUCCUGGAGCUGCGGAGCAAUUGAGAGACAGUCUUUCUUCAUGUCAGGCCGUGAAAGUGGACCCAGAAUGGCAGGAAGUUCUCCCCUUGGUCUGGACCUGACACUGGGGGGUGACUCAGCCUGUAAGAAUCCAGAUUUCACAUGGUGGCCAAGCUUUCGUGGGAGAUCAGCCAUAAGUGUAGCUUACCAAUCCAAUUAUGAUCAAGUUGCCUCAGCAGUGGGACUGACUGAUGCGCCACCUUGACUCCCACCCCUUCCUGCAGUCGCAUGAUUCUGGGAAAUCUUUACGCAUGGGCCCCAGUGCUUGUAUUUUCAUU